AUGGUGCCUCUCCUUGCAGUAGCGUUACUACUUGCGGCUGGAAUAUCGCCCACACUGGCGCAGUACAAGUGUGCCAACAUCAAUGUUGCAUUGGAUAAGCGCGACGCCAUAGUUCAUCCUGCUUACUACAAGCGACGGGGUGCGCCCAAGCCCGUGGAUGUCUAUUUCCAUGUUACCAGCAUGGAAGCGCACAAGGAUCGUAUCACGGACACGAUCGUUGACGCCCAGUUCAAAGUUAUGCAAUCGACUUACCAACGUCACGGCUUUGAACUUAACCUUGUUAACGUCUCGCGAAUUGUCGACGAUGUGGCAGGCAAGGGCUUCUAUGAUGAAGAUCACGUCAUAACUGACCAAGAGGCCUACAUGAGCUGGCGUCGUGCCACUCGCCGUGGUGGAUACGACGCCCUCAACGUCUACUUUUUCUCGGAUCUAAGCGAGCUUAUCGGCGGUCAAUGCAACUUGCCCACGAAUGUGACCGCGGGUACCGACGCAUUCUACCAGGACGGCUGCUGGAUCAACGGGGACACUAUGCCGGGCUUAGGACCGAGGAGCGCCAACGGCACGGGUAUGUCUUCAGAGGGGCACAUUGGGGUUCACGAGGUCGGCCAUUGGUUCGGCCUGGUCCAUACUUUCGAGGGAGAUCCUUGUAACGAAGUCAACGACGGAGUCGCCGACACGCCGACAAUUGCAUAUCCCAGCUGGGGUUGUCCCAUUGGUAGAGAUUCUUGCCCUGACUUACCAGGUCUUGAUGCCAUCCAUAACUUCAUGGAUUACUCGAGCUGCAUGAAGGAAUUUACCGUCGGCCAGGAAGUGCGCAUGCAUCAGCAGUUUGACAUGUUCAGAAGAAAGCCUUGA